GAAUAUAUUGCUAAAGCUGCACAGACACAAGUACGUGCAGAUAGUUCUUCUUCUAUUAAUGAUUCGGAACAUGUAAAGCAUGGCAUCAAGUAUGAAGUUGACGCAUUAAAGUCAAGCUCCACUCAAUGA